GUGUCUGUGUGGAUUUCCUGCGUGUCCGUGGGCUUCGGAGUUCCACUCGCCGCCAUGUCGGCUCUGGAGAAGCAGCUGCACUUGGGCCGCCUCCCGCCGCGGCCUCCAUUGCCCGGAGGGGGCGGACAGUCCGGUUCCAAGAUGCGCAUGGGCCCUGGAAGAAAACGUGAUUUUUCACCAGUGCUCUGGAGCCAGUACUUUGAAUCCAUGGAAGAUGUUGUGGUAGAAAAUGAAACUGGCAAAGAUACUUUUCGAAUUUACAAGAGUGGAUUGGAGGGACCAGUUUUACUGCUGCUGCAUGGUGGGGGCCAUUCUGCUCUUUCCUGGGCUGUCUUUACUUCUGCCAUUAUUAGCAGGAUUCAGUGCAGGAUUGUGGCUUUAGAUCUCCGAGGCCAUGGAGAAACAAAAGUGAGGAAUCCUGAAGAUCUGUCUGCAGAGACUAUGUCAAAAGAUGUUGGGAACGUGGUGGAAGCUCUCUAUGGGGACCUUCCUCCCCCCAUCAUGCUGAUUGGGCACAGCAUGGGGGGAGCCAUCGCGGUGCACACAGCGGUCGCAAAUUUGGUGCCGAGUUUGCUGGGGCUCUGCAUGAUUGAUGUUGUGGAAGGUACAGCCAUGGAUGCACUCAACAGCAUGCAGAACUUCUUAAGGAGUCGUCCCAAAACCUUCAAAUCACUUGAGAAUGCCAUUGAGUGGAGUGUAAAAAGUGGACAAAUAAGAAACCUUGAAUCUGCCAGAGUUUCUAUGGUUGGUCAAGUCAAACAGUGUGAAGGGGCUGCCAGUCCUGAGUGUCCCAAAGCCAUAGUGGAGGGGAUUAUUGAAGAAGAGGAGGAGGAUGAAGAGGGUGAGGAAGGAGGAGGUUCUGUCAACAAAAGGAAGAAAGAAGAUGACACAGAGACAAAGAAGGAGCACUUAUACACGUGGAGAAUUGAGCUGGCAAAGACAGAAAAGUACUGGGAUGGCUGGUUCAGGGGUUUAUCCAACCUCUUCCUAAGCUGUCCAACUCCCAAACUUCUGCUUUUAGCUGGUGUUGACAGGCUGGAUAAAGAUCUAACAAUUGGGCAGAUGCAAGGGAAGUUUCAGAUGCAGGUCCUCCCCCAGUGUGGCCAUGCAGUCCAUGAAGAUGCUCCAGACAAG